AUGGCUUGCGACUCGGAGUAUUCGUCAGUGGAGCUUUGUGUCUUCGAUCAACUCGAUCAAGUUCGCCCUGGAAUAAUACUGUUAUUCAAUUCCAACUCAACGCUGGUGAUCCCGUCCUGGAGCCCCUUUGAGUUUCACGUAGACGGAGUCAAAGUGCAGCACCUCGGACUGCAUUCCAGUGGGGGUGAUAUCACGGUAAACAAAGAAGCGAAAUGCAGCCAUGAAUUCGCUUUCGCCACCGACGAAUGUAAGUCACCCAACGAUCGACGUUCGUGGUCGAAAGCUCUUCGAACUAGUUGCGCAAUUACCACGGGAGACCGACGCGCAUCAAGAAUCAAGCGACAGCUUCAUCAAUCAAGUCAACGGGACAUGAUGAAGUGUAGUGAGCUGCGGUCUUCGUCUUCCCUAUUGUUUGGACGGCGUAGCUCGCAGGAAUAA